UCUCUCUCUCUCUCUCUCUCUCUCUCUCUCUCUCUCUCUCUCUCUCUCUCUUUCUGACUUCUCUGCUGAAUUCUUUUGCUCUGAGAGUCUUCUUUGGCCGUCUCUAGAAUCUCUACUUCGUCAUUACCGCCAUAUUCGUUCCCAUAAAUUAGUCUCUUUUCUCUCUCCAUUUCAUCUUCAAUUCUUCAUCAAUUCAUCUCUCUUUCUCUGUAAAUAAGUAGAACAGAGCAUCGGAAGGAACAUCAUCAGAAUCAUCCAUGGCUGCCAACAUGUUUGCGACUAUGUUGCACAGAAACACCCAUAGAAUUACUUUAGUUCUUGUCUAUGCAGUCUUGGAAUGGAUUCUGAUAAUUCUCCUCCUCCUUAACUCUUUAUUCUCUUAUCUGAUUUCAAAAUUCGCCGAUUUCUUCGGCCUUAAAUCCCCCUGCCUAUGGUGUUCCAGACUUGAUCAUGUGUUUGAGUCGGGUAAGAGCAGGGUUUCUUACAGAGAUCUCAUUUGCGAAACCCAUGCCUCUGAGAUUUCCAAAUUGAGUUACUGUACCAAACAUGGUAAGUUGGCCGUAGCUCAGGAUAUGUGUGAGGAUUGCUCGUCCUCGAGACCCGAUUCUCAUAGUAAAGCAUACGACAUCGGACGAAAAGUCGCUCUCUUUUCUUGGGUGAAACAGAAGAGUAUGAUCUCUCGUAAUGGGGAGAAGCAGAUUGAAGAGGGGGAAAAGAGCUAUAGGUGUUCUUGCUGUGAUGUCAACUUGGAUAGCAAAUUUUACUCUCCUUAUGUGGUGCUUAAGCCUUCCUGGGGUGUUCUGGAUUAUGCCCAGAAAGCCAAUUUGAUUGCUUCUGCCAUUGGUGCGGACAACGAUGGAGGUGAAUACUCGGAUCACGGCAAAUCGGAUUGCCCCACAGAUGAACAUGAGAUGGAAAGAAUCAGAGCAGCAAAUGGAGACGAAGUUGUUUCCGAUGACGCUGACGAUGAUGAAAGAACGGAAGAUGAACAUCAGGUACCAUCUGAUGUUGAUGAAGGUGAUCUAAGAAGAGAAACAGCAGAGGUGGAUUUCCCCCAAUGCAGAGAAAUGAUAGGAGACGAAGAAGAGAAAAAGAGAACUUUUGGGAUUACAGAACAAAAACCCAUCGAGGAGGUUGAGUCAAAUGCUGAGAUUCCAGUUUGUUCCAGUACAGAUGCAUCUGCUGAAAUUCUACCUCCGAGUUUGGAGAAUCCUGGUUAUGUGGAUGAUCAUCGCUUGGUUCCUAUCGAGUUGAUUGAUUCCAUGACUGAUGAAAACCAAAGCGUAUCCAGAUGCAGAAACGAAGAUCAGAAGAAGCCUGAGCAUCUGGAAGUAGUGUUGGGUUCUGAAUCACUCAUCGACACCCAGUUUAAAUUCAUUUCCACACAAUUUGAUUUCAUACUCGAGAGGGGUAAUAUUUCAGAAGGGGUAGCAGCAAUGCCUUCAUCAGAUGAGAACACAAUGUCUAAAAAGCUUGAAUCCAUGGCGGCAAGAGGGGAAGAAUCAGACGAUCAGCCAGCAUCAGAAGAAGCUGUUUCUGAAAUGCUGGUAGAUGUCAGAUCAAAGAUCUUGGCAAAAACAGAAGAACCAUCUGAUUGGACACAAGAUAUUGAACUUGUUCCUUCUUUGCCAUGUUUACAAGAAGAUCAAUCUUCCAAGGCUAUCGAUGAUGCUAGAAAUUCUAACCAUUCUGAUACAUUGAUGGUAGAAAGUGAUCAAGGCCCAAAGCAAGCCGUGGAUGCCAUGGAAGACAAAAGCAAAUUCUUCGAUAGGGCUGAGCAGGGAAUAAAUAAUCAUUUAUCCUUAUGUUCAGAAACCAAUGAAGACAAUGAAGAGAGGACACCAGAAACACCCACUUACAUGGAAGGUCUCCACAAUCUACAUCAUAAGAUGUUUCUACAAGAGAAAAAGGAAUUUGGAGCUGAGGAAUCUGUGGAUGGAAGUGUCAUAAGUGAGCUUGAAGGUGGGGAUGGGGUUCUAACUGUUGAACGCCUAAAAUCAGCUCUGAGAGAAGAACGCAAGGCUCUUCAUGCUAUGUAUGCAGAACUAGAAGAAGAGAGGAGUGCCUCUGCAAUAGCUGCCAACCAGACAAUGGCUAUGAUAACUAGGCUGCAGGAAGAGAAGGCUGCAAUGCAAAUGGAAGCUCUGCAAUAUCAAAGGAUGAUGGAAGAACAGUCUGAAUACGACCAAGAAGCUCUGCAGCUCUUAAAUGAGCUCAUGGUCAAGAGGGAGAAGGAGAAGCAAGAACUAGAGAAAGAGUUGGAAAUAUAUCGUAAGAAGGCUCUUGAUCAUGAAGCAAAAGAGCAAAGGAUUAUGAGAAGAAGGAGGGACAGUAAUGGGAGGAGCAGAACUACAUCUGCUUAUUCUAGCAAUACAGAGGACAGUGAUGAGCUAUCUAUUGAUCUUCAUCAUGAAGUCAGAGAUGAAGAUGGCUUCUAUAGCCGCAGAGAAAGCAGCAACAGUAGUCAUUACACUCCUGAUGUAGUUCUAAAUUUAGAGGAUGUGGGGCUAGACUGCGCAAAGCAUUUGAGCACGCUUAAUGAAUCGCUGACUGACUUUGAAGAAGAAAGGAUUACAAUUCUAGAGCAGCUAAAGGCACUGGAGGAGAAGCUCUUCACAUUGGAAGAUGAUGAUGAAGAACAGUUCUUUGAGGACAUAAGACCAAUGGGACAUAUUCCGGAACAGAAUAGCGAAGAGUUAGAUGAAAAUUCAGACUUCAGUCAUCAAGAAUCAAAUGGUGUUUCAAAUGGUUUCUCCGACGACAUGGAUGGCCAUCAUCAUCAAGGGAGAAGAAAUAUGGGUGCAAAAGGAAAGAGGCUUCUUCCCCUUUUUGAUGCCAUUGGUACAGAAAAUGAAGAUGGUGUACUGAAUGGACAUCAUGGAGAGCCUAAUGGUGUUCUCUUACAGAACUCUCUGGUUUCCAAGUUCACACAGGACAACAGAAGGACUGUUAUUGAAGAGGAGGUGGAUCAUCUCUAUGAGAGGCUACAGGCUCUUGAGGCAGAUAGGGGAUUCCUGAAACACUGCAUCAGCUCCUUGAAGAAAGGAGACAAGGGGAUAGAUCUUCUCCAGGAGAUAUUGCAACACCUUCGCGAUCUAAGGUCUGUAGAACUGCGUGCAAAGAAUAUGAGUGAUGGUCCUCUAGCAUAAAAGAUCUACUUAAUUGUUUCACACAAGUAGAUAAUUGAGCAAUUUCUUGGAGUUGAUCAAUUACAGUCCGGGUUCAAGUGGGACACAAGCGCUCGGCCCGCGGUGACCAUACAAGACUAGACAAUGAAUUUUGUGUCUUUUACAUAUGGGAAGCCACCUUGAAGAAAGGGAGGCUUCUGGUAUGGUUGCUUUGAUGUUGGUCCAUGAGGAGCGGAUCGGGAAUGAAGUCUGCCUCCUUUUUCUUUUCUUUUGGCUUCCAAGAAAGCACAAGUUUUUGUGUCUUGUACCCAUCAAAACCUUUUGCAGGGAAAGGUAGAAGAUGGUGAAGCAGGGAGGUGAGUGUGUGUAUGUUUAGGUCAAUCAGGUCAGACCACCCUGUCAUUGUAAGUGUGAGAAAUCCUGGCUUGCAAAGUUUGGGAGAUCCAACCAAGAUUCUUGUGCCAGGUAAACAACAUUAGUUUAUAAGCAGAUAGGACUAGUAGAGUAUCUUCUUUUCAAAUUUUUUAUUAUUUUGGAGAAGGGAGAGGAGUCUUAACUCUUUCUCUCCCACAUCUUUGCAUCAUUUUAUCAUAUGGGUUUUGGCUUUUUGGUGGUCUUAGUUGGAUUUAUUUGUACAAUAUAUGUAUCCAUCUGUAUGUAUAUGUGUGUUGAGUCUUGUUUUGCAGUUGCUGAUAUCAUUACAUCAAUGCUGUAGCUGGAUUAGAAAAAUAAGAGCAAAGAUUGCUUUCACAGUA